AUGGCAGCCCCCAAAGGCGUGGCCCAGGGCACAGAUAGACGUACAACAUGGCCGCCUACAGGAAGCACACCGCACGCCCUCCCGCCGGGCCACCGGAAGUUUCCAUUUGAAAGCCAGGCGGCAGACCGGGUUGCUGGUGCAGCAGUUACUGCGGAGCAGCUUUUGAACCAGAGCGACGAGGGCUGCGAGUAGGAGCUACAGGCGCCUGGGGCCCAGCCUUGCCGCCUCGUUACGAUGACCAGCGUGGUUAAGACAGUGUACACCCUGCAGCCCCCCGCUGUGCAGAGCGGCGGCCUGCCGGCAGACACACAAACUCGAGCCCCUUCUAAGAGCCUCUUACCAGUGAAGUCCAAAGAAGUGGAUGUUUCCAGGCUUCAUUCAGGAGGUGCAGAGAACGAUGUUACAAAAAUCAUCAAACCAAAACGAGAGAACGGGCAGGUGAAAGCUGCAGACACUGCCUUUAGGAGGAACAUCAGAAAAAGCUACAAGCCACUGAGCAAGCAGAAAUCAGAGGAAGAGCUCAAGGAUAAGAACCAGCUCUUAGAGGCCGUCAACAGGCAGCUGCACCAGAAGUUGACUGAAACUCAGGGAGAACUGAAGGACCUGACCCAAAAGGUGGAGCUGCUGGAGAAGUUUCAGGAUAACUGUUUGGCAAUUUUGGAGAGCAAGGGCCUCAACCCAGUUUUAGGCAGUGAGACCCUGGCGUCACGGCAAGAAGCCACCACAGAUCACACGGACUCUAUGUUGCUACUGGAAACUUUGCAAGAUGAGCUGAAGCUUUUUAAUGAAACAGCCAAAAAACAGAUGGAGGAGUUACAGGCCUUAAAAGUAAAGUUGAAGAUGAAAGAAGAAGAGCGGGCCCGGUUCCUAGAGCAGCAGACAUUAUGUAACAGUCAAGUGCAUGAUUUUACAACAGCCCUUGAGGAAAUGGAGCAGCUAUUGGAAAUGUGA